AUGGACCAAGGACUGAUUGUUUCUCUUAUUAAUCAACUAGCCAGUGACCCAAGUUUCCUCAGUAGAUUCCAAAAUUAUAUUGCUACUCAAAAUCAACCUCACAGAAUUGUAAUUUCCAACAGUACUCCAAAUAGUGAAACUCCAAACAGCAUUAGUCAACAAGUACAAACUCCCUUUGUUUCACCAAUUCAGCCAGUUGAGCAAAUUAUUUUCACUCCUCAAGACUUGUUUGAUAAGGUGGCACCAAGUAGAAUAUCUGAUUUUUGUGAUGAACGUGAGAAGUGCUCAAUCAUUAUUGACACUGCUUUAAUUGUUGAAACGGUCCAAAAAAGAUUUAAAAAGCAAGCCGAAAGAGUCAACAAACACAAAGCAAAUGUAGAAUCUACCUUCAAAAUCAAUCAACUGGUAAUGGUUGACAAGCCUCCAUAUGCAAAGGCAAUUAAGAUUAAUGACGGAGAGAUCAGAAAGAGAAAGGCUAAAGUACUUUCUUUAACACAAGGUAACAAAAUUGUUGUUGAAUGGCAAGCAACUGGUGGAUUUCUAUCUACAGAAACUCCAUUCACUCAAUGCAAGUAUCCUAUUGAUCCUAAAUAUCUAUCCUCUCGUGUUUUAGGAUGUGAUAAAGAUGCUGCCAAUUUUGAUGAUGAGGUUUUUGAAGAAAUCUCUCAAGAAACAAAUGAUGUUUUACCAUCAGAAUCAUUCCAAAAUACAAGCAAUUCAUUACCAGCUGAAGAAGAAUUGUCUCCUUCUGAUGAAAUGUCACAAGAAACAGACUCGGCAAACAAUGAUGUUUUACCAUCAGAAUCCGUCCCAAUAUCAAGCAAAAAGACUACUUCUUCCGAUGGGGAUGAUGUCAUUAAGGUUGCUUCUAUUUCUUCCACACUCGAAUCAGAGGAAGUUAUCAUCACACCAGUAAGGGGCAGAAGAAGUAAGAGACCCUCCAAUAGAAUCUCUCCACCUUUCAGAAAGAAGUAA